UGAAACACAAGGUGGUGUUGUAGCUGCCCUUAAGUUGAGAAGAAGAAGAAAGAAAGACUGUUCUUUUCUCAGUUUCUCACAUUUCAUGGCGACUGAAGAGGUCAAGAAACCCCCAUCGCUUCCUCCCUAUCCUGAGAUGAUUCUCAAGGCAAUAGAAGAAUUGAAUGAGAGUAAUGGCUCAAACAGAUCCUCAAUAUCAAGAUUUAUUGAAUCAACUUAUGGAGAAUUGCCAGCAGGACACUCUGCGAUACUGUCUGAUCAUCUCAGCAAAAUGAAAGACAGCGGUGAGCUUGUUUUCUGGAAGAACAACUACACAAAGUCUGACCCAAAUGCGCCACCAAGACGGGGGCGUGGGAGGCCACCGAAACCCAAGGAUCCAGACCAGCCACAGGUUGCUAACUUGGGCACCGGAAGGCCCAGGGGACGCCCGCCUAAGGAUCCUAAUGCACCUCCAAGACCUCCCAAGGUUAAGUCGUCUCCAGGGAGUGGAAAGCCUAGAGGAAGGCCGAGGAAGAUGGCUCGGCCUACUGGAGGUUUAAGUGGCUCGACAACCCUAACAGAUUCAGAGACUGGGAAGCCGAGGGGUAGACCUCCUAAGGUGAAGGAUUCAUUUACUGAAGUGACCAUUCAGCAGUAGAUUUUAUAUUAGUGGUUCUGUUUUAGUGUUCUUAGUCUUUAUGAUCCUCAUUCUCUGCGUAGGGAUGCAAUUGCUGUGUUGUUAGUUAGUUGUGUCUGGUGUGAUCUUAACUGCUUGAACAAUCUGUAAUGAAGUUGUUGUUUCAGUUAUAUCCUAUAGGACAUGACUGCUAUCUUGAGUAUUUAUGUUAUGAUUGUCAUCUCUAAUGUUGUGCCGA